AUGGCGUACUCAUCUCCAUCGUCCUCCACAUCCGUCGCCAUGCCCGCGGGCGACCACCGGCCACCAUUCCAUGAGCUGCGCCCGGUGUCCUUUGACCACAAGCGGAACAGCGUGGGCCGCCUGGACCGAUCUCGCACGGCCUUCCUAACGGACUCACAGGGCACCAGUGUGCUCCUGUGUGCGGAUAGAUCGCCGGAUAAAGGAUGGCGAAGCCGCGGCACCGUGCCGGGGCGCAUUUUCUCGACCCUGUCAGACGGCGAGAUCUGCGUCGACGCCCAUCAUGGAGCCUCGACGUGCAAGGUGAUUAAAAACUUCCGGAGCUGGCUGUGGGAGGAAUAUCCCCGCGCGACGCCGUCCUCCACCACCACCACCACCACCACCACCACCACAUCUAACGCCUGGCCUCGGCGCCCUGAUCGCGUCGGCAAGAAGCGACUCGUGGUUAUUGCGGGCAGCAACGAUCUGGAGGAGUACUGGCGGGACGGAAGCAGUGGAGACGCGACGCCACUGGCGGAUAACGCGGUCGGUGUGUACCGGGAGCAGUCGGCACAACUUGAAGACUGGUGCGAUCAAAUCUUCCUCGUGGGUGUGCCGUAUUUCAAGGAAGACCAGGGCCACGGCAAGCACAAAAACCCUCCUCGAAAUCUGUACGCCUGCACCCGCGCAGUGGACUGCCUGAACCGGAAGCUAGAGGGGUUUUGUCGUGACCAGUCCGUCAUCGCCGCCGGGAUAACCGUUUGGCGCUAUGUGCAUAUUCUACCGAAAGACACCGUGCUGCGCAAUGAUGGCCUGCACUGGCGCCAUGAGAUCAUGUUUCGCAGAUUCUAUGCCGUCCUGGUAGAAGCUAUUGCUGAUGUGGAGAAGAGAAUUGAGCUGGCCAAGGAAAGCGUCAGGCAGCGGGACCAUCAUGCCGUGGGAACGAUUUUUGUGGGGAUGAGGGAGUGUGUGGAGUGGGGAGCGCGCCGUGAGCGCCGGCUUCAGGAAGCAGCGGGUACUUCGGUGGAGCAGAAGUACAGCCAGGUCGAGCGCCGUAUGGCCGUGAGGGAGGCGCGUCUGGAUGAGAGGGAGGCAGACCUGGGCAGACUAGCCGUGCGGUUGGAGAGCGGUCUGGCUUACGUGGACGGCCUGCGAGCGGAACUGGACAGGAAGGAGGAGAAGCGCAAGGCAGCAAAGCGGAUUGCCAAAGCGAACGCGCACGCUAAAAAGCUAAAGGACAAGAAAUCCAAAGAGCGUCGGAGGAAGAAGCGCCGGGAGAAGCCGAAGGAACUGCGGCUGAUUAGUAAAUGUAAAAAAAUGCAUCGUAAAGGCUUGUUGAAGGAUUAGUUUUUUCCCAGCUGUUCUUCGGUGUUUCGGUUUAGGAAUGUUGUAGUAUUUUCUUUGUGCUGUUAUUUGCAAGGGUAGGUGUUGUUCUCUUUGGUUGUAUGGUAAUAAAUGCGU